UAAGCUUUAACUGAAAGCAAGAAUGAAACUGCUGCUGUGGUCGUGGACGGUCCUUUUGGCUCUGGUGUCGUCUCGUAUCGACGCACAAAAUUCGAAUAAUUUUAUAUGCUACUUUCCUAAUUGGUCUCGAUAUCGUCCAGGACUUGGCCAGUACACUGUUGACAACAUCAAUCCAAAAUUAUGCACCCAUUUGGUUUACGCUUUUGCCGUCCUGGAUGGGGCUACCAAUAAGAUAAAGGUGUACGAUACCUGGUCAGACAUCGAUCUCGGCGGCUACCAGAAGUUUGUCGCUCUCAAGGCCCAGAACUCCAAGCUGAAAACUAUGAUUGCCAUAGGAGGUUGGAACGAUUCUAACGAUGGCAGUGGCAAGUAUUCCGCGCUGGUGGCCAGCUCGGCCAAAAUCACUACAUUUGUCAACUCGGUCGUGGCUCUCCUCCAAUUGUACAAGUUCGACGGCUUGGAUUUGGAUUGGGAAUAUCCGUCGACUGCAGCUGACAAAGCUGGUUUUGCUAACCUUAUCGUAGCCCUGAAAAAUGCCUUUACACCGUUUGGUUUCCUGCUAAGCGCUGCAGUACCGGCGUCACAGUUCACCAUUGAUGCUGGUUAUGACGUUGCUACAAUGAGCCAGAACUUAAAUUUUAUCAACCUGAUGACGUAUGAUUUCCAUGGCGCUUCGUGGGAGCCAACAGUAGCUGACCACCACUCUCCUCUUCAAAAACGUUCAACGGACCCGACCAAUUUCAACUCCAAUUUUGCCGUUAACUAUUGGAUUACGAAAGGUAUGCCCGCUUCCAAAAUCAAUAUGGGUAUACCUCUUUACGGAAUGAGCUGGAAACUUACCUCCACCACCACUACACCACCGGCGCCGGCUUCUGGCGGUGGCGUCGCCGGACCCUACACUCAGACGGUUGGCUUCUUGGGUUACAAUGAAAUUUGCAGCGCUGUUCGCUCCAAUGGUUGGCAAGUAGUCCAGGAUCCUAGUCAAGCAAUUGGACCAUAUGCCGUCUCGCAGACAAGUCCCAAAACGUGGGUUGGUUACGAUGAUCCGGCUAUGGCCACUGUCAAGACAAACUACAUCAAGUCAAAGGGAUUAGGCGGAGCAAUGGUCUGGGACAUAAGUAUGGAUGAUUUCCGCAAUACUUGCGCCGCUGGAGCCAACCCUAUCUUGACGGCAAUUUCCAAUACCCUUAACACUUCGUCAACCAUACCUACUACACCAUCAACUUUGACGACAACAAUUCCAGGUGUCACGACAGUAAUUCCAACCGUCACGACAGCUGUACCUGUAGCUCCAACAACAACUAAAUCAUCUGGAACUUUCGUUUGUCCAAGCCCAAAUGGAUUGUUUCCGGAUCCAGCCUCUUGCUCCAGCUUCUAUAAUUGCGGCCACGGAACCCCAUAUCUCACGCAGUGCAGUGCUGGGACAUAUUUUAAUCCCAAUAUGUUGUAUUGCGACUGGCCAUGGAAUGUCAACUGUGCCACUAGUGGUUAGACAAGAAUGUAUGACAAGUCUUGCGGUGAAGGGUAAAAAAUGGGUUUGAUGC